CGCUUAACCGAGGGCUUGCUGAGUGAAUGGGUCGGUGCCUCUGCGGUGCGGUGGAGUUAACGUCGAGAAUCUGAGCGCGGCGAGCUGCAGCAGCAGGGGAAGGGGUGAGGAGAGAGUAGACAGGAAGAAAAUCAUGGAGGCAGAUAUAAUAGCAGAUCUUCGAUGCAAGCUCAAAGAAGUUGAAGAAGAGCGACUAAAAGCUGCACAGUAUGGUUUACAACUAGUGGAGAGCCAGAACGAAUUGCAGAAUCAAUUGGAUAAAUGUCGUAAUGAAAUGAUGACCAUGACUGAGAAUUAUGAACAAGAAAAAUAUACUCUUCAGAGAGAAGUUGAGCUCAAGAGUCGAAUGUUAGAAAGUUUGAGCUCUGAAUGUGAAGCUAUUAAACAACAACAAAAAAUGCACCUGGAGAAAUUAGAAGAACAGCUGAGCAGAAGCCAUGGGCAGGAAGUGAAUGAACUAAAAAAUAAGUUAGAAAAACUGAAAGCCGAAUUAGAUGAAGCUAGGCUUAGUGAAAAGCAGCUGAAGCACAAAGUGGAUCAUCAGAAGGAACUCCUUUCUUGCAAAUCAGAGGAAAUGCGAAUAAUGUCUGAACGUGUACACGAAAGCAUCUCUUCAGACAUGCUGGCUCUUCAAAUUGAGCUAACUGAAAUGGAAAGUAUGAAGACCACCCUCAAAGAAGAAGUGAACGAACUACAGUACAGACAAGAACAACUAGAACUUCUUAAUACUAAUUUAAUGCGCCAGGUAGACCGGCUUAAAGAAGAAAAAGAAGAGCGACAGAAAGAAGCAGUUUCUUACUAUAAUGCCUUAGAGAAAGCUCGUGUAGCAAAUCAAGAUCUUCAGGUGCAGCUAGACCAGGCACUCCAGCAAGCCUUGGACCCUAACAGUAAAGGCAACUCUUUGUUUGCAGAGGUGGAAGAUCGAAGGGCAGCAAUGGAACGUCAGCUUAUCAGCAUGAAAGUCAAGUAUCAGUCACUAAAGAAGCAAAAUGCAUUUAAUAGAGAACAGAUGCAAAGAAUGAAGUUACAGGUCGCCACAUUGCUACAAAUGAAAGGGUCUCAAGCUGAAUUUGAACAGCAGGAACGGUUACUUGCCAUGCUGGAGCAAAAGAAUGGUGAAAUUAAACACCUCUUAGGUGAAAUUAGGAAUCUGGAGAAAUUUAAGAGUUUAUAUGAAAGUAUGGAAUCUAAGCCUUCAGCCAACUCUGUUGCUCUGGAAGAUGACACCUAUUACACAGAUUUACUUCAAAUAAAGCUUGAAAACUUAAACAAAGAAAAUGAAAGCACUAAAGGUGAAUUGUCCAUCCAGCGAAUGAAAGCAUUAUUUGAGAGCCAGCGGGCUCUGGAUAUUGAGCGAAAACUUUUUUUGAAUGAAAGGUGCCUCCAGCUUUCCCAAAGUGAAAAUAUGAAACUGAGAGCUAAACUAGAUGAGUUAAAACUGAAGUAUGAACCUGAAGAGAAAAUUGAAGUGCCUGUACUCAAAAAGAGGCGUGAGGUACUUCCUGUGGAUAUAACCACCCCUAACGAUGUAUGUACCACUAGUGCUGUUGAGGAAGAAGUUUAUAGAUUACCACCUCAGAAAGAGGAGGUACAGUCCUGUCCUAACAAUUUAGAAGAUAACUUGCAGUUGGAAAAGACAGUUUCUGUGAGCACAUCAGGAGUCAUUCUGUCUCCUUACAAAAAUCUGUCCGUGGGUAUUCAGCCAAGGAAGCAAAAGAAAUGUGUGAAACUUAUAGGAGUUCCAGCUGAGUCGGAAGCCUUAAGUGAAAGAAGUGGAAACACCCCUAACUCUCCCAGGUUAGCUGCUGAAUCAAGGCUUCAAACAGAAGUUAAAGAAGGGAAAGAAACUGCAAGCAAAUUGGAAAAGGCAACCUGUAAGAAAUCACACCCUAUUGUAUACGUGUCCUCCAAAUCAACUCCAGAGACCCAGUGCCCUCAGCAGUAAAGACUUAAUGAGAGUAAGGUACCACUUGCCCAAAAGAUUGCUCUGGAGGUUAGUUAAGAUUGUCUUUAUCUGAAGUAUACCAUCCUGUAGGUUA